CCGUGCGGCGCAGCGCGGCGGCGGCGGCGGUUCCGCCAUGUCCAUCUUCACCCCCACCAACCAGAUCCGUCUCACCAACGUGGCCGUGGUGCGGGCGCGGCGCGGCGGGAAGCGCUUCGAGAUCGCCUGCUACCGCAACAAAGUCAUGGGCUGGCGCAGCGGGGCGGAGAAGGACCUGGACGAGGUGCUGCAGACGCACACGGUGUUCGUCAACGUGUCCAAAGGGCAGGUGGCGAGGAAGGAGGAUCUCGUGCGGGCCUUCGGGACGGAUGACCAGACGGAAAUCUGUAAGAUGAUUUUAACAAAAGGGGAGUUGCAGGUGUCAGACAAAGAACGACAGACGCAGCUGGAGCAGAUGUUUAGAGACAUCGCAACUAUUGUGGCUGACAAAUGUGUGAAUCCUGAGACAAAGAGGCCAUACACAGUAAUCCUCAUAGAGAGAGCCAUGAAGGAUAUUCACUACUCCGUCAAACCAAACAAGAGCACAAAGCAACAGGCACUGGAAGUGAUCAGACAGUUAAAGGAGACCAUGCAAAUUGAACGUGCUCACAUGAGGUUACGAUUUAUUCUUCCAGCAAAGGAGGGGAAGAAACUCAAAGAGAAGCUCAAGCCACUGAUUAAAGUUAUUGAGAAUGAAGACUUCCACGAUCAGUUAGAAAUCGUGUGCCUUAUUGACCCAGGCUGCUUCAGAGAGAUUGAUGAGCUGAUCCGAACUGAGACAAAAGGGAAAGGAACGUUGGAAGUGCUCAGUCUGAAGGAUGUGGAGGAAGGAGAUGAAAAGCUUGAAUAAUGCGAACAGUACUACUUUAACAGCGAUCAACGGAAUGACUGGCAGUAGCCACUCAUUUCUGUUAGGCCUUCUUGUUUUUUCCAGUCUCUUGCUGCCAAAUACUUUCUGACACUAAUCCUUUGGGAUUUUUCCAUGCAGUGUGUUUUUUUUAUCAUUUUACACUUGCUUGGUUUAUAAAUGGUUUGCCUGUAGGAACAUUUUGUGUCAGAGUUGCACUAAUGAGGAUUGAGUUAAGACUUGAUAUGGAAGUUACUAUGGCUUUGGUUUACUUUAAGGGUUGCUGAUGGGGAGUGUUUGACUGAUAUGUCACCAAUCAUUUCUGCUUAAAUUGUCAGUGAUGAGUGGAAGAUUUCAUAUGUCACUGAGGGGAGGAACCUUUGGAAAAGGGAGAUGCAUUUUCACUUCCAAACAAGUGCAAAAUGUGGAUCAUGUGUAAACCGAUCUCUUGGCGGCAUGAAAACUGACCUAGGCUUCCAUAAUUGGCUGCUUAAUAAUUAGAGUAAUUUAAAGGACCAUUCUUGUAGAUUUUCUUCACUGGAUAUAACAGCACUCACUAACUUAGAAAAAACAUUCUCCAAAUAACUUAUUCGUAAAAUCUAUUUAGCUACAUUGAUAAAAAUGAAUUAUCAUCUAUUUAUAUAUUAUAGAUACAGAAAUAAAUAAAAUAAUUAUUUUUGUUAUAGCAUAGGAGGUAUCCCUGGCUGUGGUGAUGCUUUUCAUAGGCUGGAUAUGCUUUUUUGUGGGCCUGCAUUUCUGAGCUGUUCUCAUUCAUGCAAUGAAAUGAACUGAAUCUGUAGCCUCUGGCCAUUGCACUAGACAGGCUUUUGUUGGGCCGGAAUUCCCCCGUGGUACCUGUGUGUAUGUGUGCCUUGUCAUUUGAGUUUGAUGCAGAACAAUGCUUGCAGCUGUCCUUUAUCCCGUGUCUCUUUAUGCUGCUUUCUAAUACAUGCGCAGAAUUUCCAGCCAGAGGCGCGGUGUAUAGUUCUUCAAGUUUCUGUUAAAACUUGUCUCAAAUGUGUUGAACAAAUGCUUUUUAACUUGCAUAUUUCAAAUAAGAGGGGAAAAGAGGAUGAAAACUGGAGAAAGAGAUACUAAAAAUACCCCCAGGCCAAGUGGAUGUUCUUGGGAGACUGAAAGCCAAGCCAGCAGGAAUUUAAGGGGAGCCUUUAGUAUUAUAUACCUGUUUCUGUGCUGACAGUAUGCAGCAAAUCAGGAUUUGCAGGGUGGCCAGCUACUAGAUCUGUUUCAGAUGAGCAUGUGGUACCUUUAUUCUGUGCUGUUUACUUCUGGAGCAUGUGACCAUGCCUGUUAAAUGACAAUUAAACAGACUUCUGGGUUGUAUUUUGCACAUGACCUUUUCUGAUUUACCACUAAAACAUGAUGUGAAUUUUCUAGAAUUCAUGCGGGGAGAGAGAAAGUCAACUGGAGAAAGAUUUGAUAUGCCAGGUGCAGAGGAGCCCAUGUAUCUAGAUCCUUGGUCAAAGGUUUCCUCUCUGAAGUUGAUUUCUGCAGCAGCCUGUUGACGUGAGCUUGUGCAAGGCUGGGUUCAAUUUCUUUAGUAAUAUUUUGGGAGGAAUCCCUGCUAGGGAGCUUGAGUUCUGCUGAAGGGUCGUGAAAUUGAGAUUUCUUGAACCACUGUAUUCAUCUUUAAAUGUUUUCUAUUGCCCCCAAGAUAGUCUUCCAUCAUGUUUAAAUGCUGCCUAGGAAGGUUUAGUGGCAUAAUUUCUGUAUUUGUGAGGUGGACACAGCUUAAAUGUGGAGAGCUGGUGCUUGGAUAGAUAGGCAGAAUUCCUCAUGUAUACAAGUCCUUAGCAGCUUGUGCAUGAAGAGACGGCCACUUGAAAGACGAGUUAGGAAGCACUGAGGAUGAUGUUGAUAUUUAACUUGUCACUGGCACUUAGACAUAUGAAUGACAUGUUAGUUCUGCAAAGGAGACACUGAGCAAAAGCCUCAGAUGACAUUGUGCUGGUAAUACUUGAUUUCAUAAUUCUGUAAUUUCUUUGUUCUAUAUGUUCAACACCUAGAGCACAAUAGGAUGGCUUGAGUUACAGAAGUUUAACCUAAGCUGAUUUAUGAGCUUGGUGCAAGAAAGUCAAUUCCCUUACAAAGUUUUUCUAUGGUAGAGGGAGCUUGUUUUUAUUUAUAAACAUGCGUGCAUUUCUUGACAUGUUUGUAGUUCAGCAAGAAUGUAUGGUAAGCAUCAAAAUAAAUACCAGUAUUAAUAGCC